UUGACAAACAAAUAUAGUCUUGAUGUUCACAUGAGAGUUCACACUGGAGAGAAACCGUUUACUUGUGAUCAGUGCGGGAAGAGUUUCACACAAUCAUUAAGCCUAAAGAAACACAUGAACAUCCACACUGGAGAGAAACCUUACAAGUGUUCAUACUGUGACAAGAGAUUCAGUCAGUCAACUCAUCUGAAGAAACACAAGGUAGACCACACUGGAGAGAAACCGUACACAUGUGAUCAGUGCGGGAAGAGUUUCACACAAAAAGGACACUUUAUGACACAUAUGAGAACUCAUAAAGGAGAGAAGCCAUUAAUAUGUAAUCAAUGUGGAAAGAGUUUUGCAUACUUAGCAAACCUUAACGAACACAUGAAUAUCCACACUGGUGGGAAACCUUACAAGUGUUCACACUGUGACAAGAGAUUCAGUCAGUCAACACAUCUGAAAACACAUGAGAGGAUCCACACUGGAGAGAAACCUUACAAGUGUUCAUACUGUGACAAGAGAUUCAGUCAGUCAACACAUCUGAAAACACAUGAGAGGAUCCACACUGGAGAGAAACCUUACAAGUGUUCAUACUGUGACAAGAGAUUCAGUCAGUCAACACAUCUGAAAACACAUGAGAGGAUCCACACUGGAGAGAAACCUUACAAGUGUUCAUACUGUGACAAGAGAUUCAGUCAGUCAACACAUCUGAAAACACAUGAGAGGAUCCACACUGGAGAGAAACCGUACACAUGUGAUCGGUGCGGGAAGAAUUUUGCACGGAAAAGAAUCCUUAUGGCACAUACGAGAAUUCACACAGGAGAGAAACUGUACACAUGUAAUCAAUGUGGAAAGAGUUUAAAAUGCAAAUAUAGUCUUGAGCGUCACAUGAGAGUUCAUACUGGAGAGAAACCGUACACUUGUGAUCAGUGCGGGAAGAAUUUUGCACGGAAAGGAAUCCUAAUGACACAUAUGAGAAUUCAUACAGGAGAGAAACUGUACACAUGUGAUCAAUGUGGAAAGAGUUUGAUUAGCAAAUAUAGUCUUGAGCUUCACAUGAGAGUUCAUACUGGAGAGAAACCGUACACAUGUGAUCAAUGUGGAAAGAGUUUGAUUAGCAAAUAUAGUCUUGAGCUUCACAUGAGAGUUCAUACUGGAGAGAAACCGUACACAUGUGAUCAAUGUGGCAAAACAUUUUUGUGGGCUUCAGACCUGAAGAAGCACCUAAGAGUUCAUACAAAGGAGAAGCCACAUUCAUGUUCUUUGUGUGGAAAGAGUUUUUCACUGAAGUGUUUAAAACAGCAUGAGAGGAUCCACACUGGAGAGAAACCCUACAAGUGUUCACACUGCAACAAGAGAUUCAGUCAUUCAUCAAAUUUGAAAAGACAUGAGAGGAUCCACACUGGUGAGAAACCGUAUCACUGCACUUCAUGUGGGAAGCGUUUCAAUCGUUCAUCUGCUCUACACAGACAUACAAAAAACUAUCACAAGUUGAUUGAAGAAAACGAUGAGAAUAAAGAAUCAAUGAUGGCGAAGUGA